AUGGCCGAAAUUCUUACUUCAAGUGGUGAAAAUCAAGAAAAGAAAGAGGAGAAGAUGGAGGCGAUUUCUGAAACGUUAUCAAUAAGUGAUGCACAAUUAAUUAGAUUACAAAAAGAAAAUGGUACCAAGACGGCUCGUUCUAUUGUGCGAGCAUGUUAUCCACGAAGUGUUCGGUGCGAUACUAAUUUAGAAGAUAUUGAUGAUGAUUUUCGGCAGGCAAUUUUUGUGGAAAAAUGUGAGCAACUUAAUGAAGAGUUAAGUCAUAGAGAUGCGGUAAUCAAUUUCAUCGAUGAAUCUAUUGAAACUUCUGCUUCGCCAAUUCACGAAGAACAAAUCAAUUUUGAUAAUUCUUUACUUUCCAAUUCUGCAUUUCAAAAUGCAGAUAAAUCUUGUAUCUAUGACGAUGAACAAAAUACGCUCAAUACAAGUAAAACAUCAUCAAUACGACCAAUAGAAAAAAUUGAUUUAGCUUCAGCCUUAGCAUCAUUGAAAACUCGUCAUUCCUUAUCAGCAGUCUGCAUAAACGAUAUAUGCUCAUUAUUAUGUCUUUUAAAUGUACCUGAUGCUCCUCGUAGUUGGUUUCAAGUUAAAAAAGCAUUAAAUAAAUCAUUUGUUUCUCCUCUUGAUCGAAAAAUAUGGUGGAUAUGUCCAAGUUGCAAAAAAGCAGCUGAUAAUGCAUUUAAGUGUUCGGAUCCUAUUUGUAGCUGGUGUUUUGCACCUCCGGCGUCAAUACCUCUUUAUUUUUAUACUUUCAACAUACGUGAACAAAUCAAUUCAAUAUUAGCUAUAACAACAGAUAUAUAUUUACCAAAACACACAAAAGGUACAUCAUUUGUAAAUUUGCCAAUGAGAGAUAUUUUUGAUGGUGCUCAUUAUAAUAAAUUGCUUGAUAAAGAAUCUGGCAAGGUUUUAACUCUGACUAUGAAUACAGACGGGAUACAACCAUACAAUAGUACUGACAAAUCCAUUUGGCCUGUCACAUUUGUUAUAAAUGAAGUUAAACGUAAUAAGAGAUUCUUGUUUCAAAAUUUAAUACUUGGUGGUAUAUGGCCUGGUCCAAUGAAACCAAAAAGGUUUGAGAUGUCAGCUUUUCUUGAAACAAUUGUUGUACAACUCAAAGAGCUGGAGCAAGGAUCUCACUUUGAAUGUCGUUCAGGUGCAAGCUUUGUAAGACAAUUUUUAAAAGUAUUUUUAAUUUGUACAUGCAUGGACAAACCAGCGCAAGCGUUGGUACAAAAUCUCCCCGAACCAACUGCUCAAUUCGGUUGCGGCAGAUGUGAAAUUCGUGGUGAAGAUUUAGUCAUGCAUUAUAAUUCCUUUAUUUGA